AUGGUCGCCUUCAAGAAGUUAUUUCUGGCUCUAACGUCGUUCACCGCCGCCGUCAGAGCGACACCUCUGCCGUCCGACAGCCCUCCGGAUUACGAUAACAGCCUUGCCGGUCGAGAUGCACCAACUGGAUCCACCAGUCAGUUGGAAGCUCGUGUUGAACCUUCCAUGGCAAUCCAUUGGUCCAGCGAUGGUCGUAUCGUGGUGCUCACCGGCGCCGCUCUUACCGUGCAGCUCUUGCAGAGCUUCAACCGAGUUGGCAACCAGGCCGAGCUGCCCAGAGCCUUGACCCGGGACCUCACGGGAUGGCUGCGGCACUACAAUGGUGUCAUCUCGAACGCCGCUGUCCAGGCUCUCGGCAUCAGGAAGCGCCAGAUCUACUGGGCACGGGGCCAGCGGGCCACCGACUUUGGCUUCACGUUCCAGCUCCCAAACCAAGUUCUAGGCCAACUCGCCGGCGUCAUUAGGAUUCUCCAAGAGUGGAUGAGUUCCAAGGGCCAGGCUUUCACCACUCAGGAGCAUUCGCCCGGUUUCGCGGACGAUGCAAUGAACAACAAAUAUAAGCGUGACGAGCUCGAGACGCGGGACAAUUGCCCUACCAGCCUUACAGUCUGGAAUCUUGCCAUCACCGCACCUAGCGAUCCUCAGUGGAAGAGCUUUAAGGGUGGUGACGACUGCGAGUAG